GCAGCAGGCUUUCUUGGCGCCAUUACAAAGGUUCUUUUAACGACGCACGGAAUAUUAGAAUUUUAAAAAAACAAAUUCUUGAUUAAUAUCUCAAAUAUGGCAGAACAACUUACCGAAGAGCAAAUUGCCGAAUUCAAAGAAGCGUUUUCUCUGUUCGAUAAGGAUGGUGAUGGUACAAUAACCACAAAAGAACUCGGUACUGUCAUGCGGUCACUUGGCCAAAACCCAACUGAGGCCGAGCUACAGGACAUGAUCAAUGAAGUAGAUGCGGAUGGAAAUGGAACAAUUGAUUUUCCAGAAUUCUUAACCAUGAUGGCCAGAAAAAUGAAGGACCAAGAUACCGAAGAAGAGCUGAGAGAAGCCUUCAGAGUGUUUGAUAAAGAUGGAAAUGGUUUCAUCAGCGGCGCCGAGUUGCGACACGUCAUGACAAAUCUGGGAGAAAAGUUGACAGACGAAGAGGUGGAUGAAAUGAUAAGAGAGGCUGAUGUUGAUGGUGAUGGACAAGUUAAUUAUGACGAAUUCGUUAGGAUGAUGAUGUCCAGAUAAACUUUGUUAAAUUGUUUUUAUGAGAGACAAGAACUGAAUUUUCAAUGACUAUUAAAUCAGCGAAAUGUUAUUUUAGUUUAUUUAUCGUUUUCAUUUCAUGCACAACAUCAAGCUACUGCCAAUCCCAUCCCUUUGCAUUGAGGACUUGAAAAAGAAAAUGGUUAGCCUAACAUAAAUGCUAGUCAAACGUAAUUUGAUCUUUGCAGUAGGCUGAUGAUACAUGAAUUAGGAUUUGUAGCCUAAGCCUAGACCCAUCCCCAUUCAUUUACCAUUAGCCUACUUUGACCUCGGCUAGGAUUUAUGCCUAGGUUUGGCGGUCAAUAUAGGCUUUAGCCUAGGUAACCAAUCGUUUAAAUCCUAUGAGUAUGAUCUUUUAUUGAAUAUUAUUAGAAAUCCAUACUACAUGUAUUAUUGUUUCCAUUGUGAACUAUAUGAUGUCAUGUAUUUUAUGAAUUGAAUUAGUUAUUUAGUUUUAAACUGAGCAAGUCAUGAUUAAAUGGUUGUUAGUAGAAUG